AUGAAGCUAAACUCGUCCAAAUGCUCUGUAAUGACCUUCAGUCGAUUGCAUCAACCUAGUAUUUUUCAGUAUUCACUGGAUGGUCAACCUCUGGAUAGAGUAUUCAAAAUUAAGGACUUGGGUGUUACCUUCUCUGCUGAUCUUUCCUUCAAUGACCAUGUCGAUGAGCUGUGCAGAAGAGCGUAUAGGAUGUUGGGAUUCAUCAACAGGUCUACUCGUGGAAUGACAAGCUCUGCAGUCUUAAGGACUCUCUACUCAUCCUUCGUUCGCCAGUUAUUGGAAUAUGCGAGUCCUGUUUGGUCUCCCUACCAGCUGGGUCUUGUUGACAAACUGGAAGCGGUCCAAAGGAGAUUCCUGAGACUGGUGGGACUGCGGCGAGGACUGCUGUUUAGAGACAUUCCUGUUGCUGAGCUGCAGGCCGAGCUUCUUCUCCCAGAUCUUCGGACCAGGCGCUGUGUGGCGGAUGUCUUGUUGCUGAUUCGGCUGAUAAGGGGGGAGCUGGACUGCCCGUCGCUGCUUUCGCGAGUGGAUUUUCGUAUACCAUCGGGGACUCGUUCGAGGGAGUUGUUUGGGAGGCGCCAAUAUUCAAGAAACUAUGACUUCCAUGGUCCACUUGCAAGGAUGAUGAGGAUUGGCAACCGUCACUGCGGUGGGUUGGAUCUCUUCCACGACGGGGUUUCGACCAUAAGGAGAGGAGUAUUGACAGCCGCACAGCAGGACUCUACAUGA